AUGUUUCGUUCGGCCAUCAUCCUCGUUGCCCUCACCGCUGCGUUGUCAUUCGAGGCCGACUGUGCAAUCGUCAGAACCACGACGACCUCGACAAGCCCUCGCACACGCACGGUCGAUGUUACAUCUACCUCGACCACAGAUAACACCACGGCCACGACGAGCGCGUACGAUUCAACUGAUACCAUACCUGUGACGACAACCACUACGCAGACGGUGUAUGUGUCGGCUGGAGGUUAUCAGCCGUAUCAGUCGUAUCAGCCGUUCCAGCCAUAA